AUGGCCUGGCCAUUAUUCCGCACAGUCCCCUCUCGCGAUGGCUACGCAUACGAAGACAGCGUCCAGUGGAUGAUGAUGAUGUCUGAUGCUGGCGAAUUGCCAAAACCGAACUGUACGCACGGAGUGAAAUGGAUUAUUGAUGUUUUUGGGGAUUGUGUGGAUACAAAUUUGAAAUUGAUCGGGUUCAUUAUCGGGUUUAUAUCAUUGUUUCUAUGGUUGCUGCCUCUGAUCCCACAACUUGUGCAAAACUAUCGAACCAAACGUUGUGAUGGCCUUUCGAUCUAUUUCCUGUUCUUUUGGAUAAUAGGCGAUAGCUGUAAUAUGGCUGGCGCAAUGCUAACGAACCAACAGCCAAUUCAAAAAAUUAUCGGUGUUUAUUAUGUUAUGCAGGAUUUAGUAAUACUCAGCCAGUAUUUUUAUUACAAUCGUAUCUAUCAGCGCCGAUUAAGAGGUAAUUCAAUAUUCUGUAAACAAGAUGUUAUAGAAAUGGCUUGGCCAUUAUUCCGCACAGUCCCCUCUCGCGAUGGCUACGCAUACGAAGACAGCGUCCAGUGGAUGAUGAUGAUGUCUGAUGCUGGCGAAUUGCCAAAACCGAACUGUACGCACGGAGUGAAAUGGAUUAUUGAUGUUUUUGGGGAUUGUGUGGAUACAAAUUUGAAAUUGAUCGGGUUCAUCAUCGGGUUUAUAUCAUUGUUUCUAUGGUUGCUGCCUCUGAUCCCACAACUUGUGCAAAACUACCGAACCAAACGUUGUGACGGCCUUUCGAUCUAUUUCCUGUUCUUUUGGUAUGCUUUUUUGGACAAGAAAAUACUACUUCGCUUACGAUUCUUGGAUCCUUUCGGCGCCCGAACGAGUCGAUUUGUAAAUCCAGUAGCGAUAGUGCCGGGUGCAUUUAUUGGUCUGGUCACUGGUGGGACGCUAUUAUCACGUGGACGCGCAGACGUAUCUCAACCGGCCCCUACGAGUAGACGGCUACUUUCGUCCAGCCUUCGUGGACCGCCAUUCUUUUACGGCUAUUAUGAUAUGCUUGGAUAUGUAAUAGGCUCCGUAGCUGCAGCAUGUUAUUUUGCUGGUCGAAUUCCACAGUUGCUCAAGAACUAUUACAGGCAGUCUUGCGAAGGUUUAUCAUUGAUUAUGUUUUAUAUUAUAAUAGCAGCAAAUGCUACAUAUGGAUUAUCUGUUUUACUUGAAGCUACAAGUUGGCAUUAUAUAUUGCGCCAUUUGCCAUGGCUGGCAGGCAGUCUUGGUUGUUGUUUUUUUGAUAUUGGCAUGGUUGUGCAGUACUUCUAUUACGAUCGAUUGAACACUCAAAAAGAAGAUGCUUUGGAGCAUGAAGCAUUGCUGGAAGACGCCGAUUGA